CAGCACCAUGGGGAGGGCUCUCGGCAUCCUGGGCUGCUGCCUGGCGCUGGCUCUGGCGCUGCCGCCGCUGCCCGCGGCCCCGCGGGGCUCCGCACCGGGCCCUGACACAGGUACUGCACCGGACCCCGCUGCAGGUACCGAACCGGGCCUGUCCGCAGACCCUGCCUGUAAGAACCGGCCUCUGGACCUCGUCUUCAUCGUAGACAGCUCCCGCAGCGUCCGACCUGAAGAGUUUGAGAAAGUGAAAAUCUUCUUGUCAGAAAUGAUCGAUACCCUGGACGUUGGUGAGAGCACAACGCGCGUGGCGGUCAUGAACUACGCCAGCAGUGUCCAGGUGGAGUUUCCCCUCCGGACCUACUUUGACAAAGCCUCUAUGAAGGAGGCUGUGUCCCGCAUUGAGCCCUUGUCUGCUGGCACCAUGACCGGCCUUGCCAUCCAAACUGCCAUGGAUGAAGUGUUCACCGAGGAGAUGGGCACCCGGCCAGCAGCCUCCAACAUCCCCAAGGUGGCCAUUGUGGUGACAGAUGGACGGCCACAAGACCAGGUCCAAGAUGUGGCGGCAAGCGCCCGCACGGCUGGCAUCGAGAUCUACGCGGUCGGGGUAGACCGGGCAGACAUGCAGUCCCUGAGGGUAAUGGCCAGUGAGCCCCUGGAUGAACACGUCUUCUAUGUGGAGACCUAUGGUGUGAUCGAAAAGCUGACAUCCAGAUUCAGGGAGACUUUCUGUGCUGUGGACACGUGUGCACCUGGGAGGCACGAGUGUGACCAGAUCUGUGUGAGUAACAAUGGAUCCUAUGUCUGUGACUGCUACGAAGGCUACACCUUGAAUCCAGACAAGAAGACUUGCUCAGCCCUGGACGUGUGUGCACCUGGAAGGCAUGACUGUGCCCAAGUCUGUCUGAGUAAUGAUGGAUCCUACAGCUGUGGCUGCUAUGAAGGAUACACUCUGAAUCCAGACAAGAAGACUUGCUCAACUGCUGACGUGUGCGCUCCUGGCAGGCACGACUGCGAGCAGGUGUGUGUGAGGGAUGGCCUGCUCUACUCCUGUGACUGCCACCAAGGCUACACCCUCAGCCCAGACGGGAAGACGUGCUCAAGAGCCAUAACAAGCAGUCUUGUAACAACUGAAGAGUCCUGUAAGUGUGAAGCCAUAGUUGCCCUCCAGGACUCGGUGACCUCCCGCCUUGAAGCUCUGUCCACAAAAUUAGAGGAGGUGUCUGAGAAGCUGCGGGCAUAUCAAGCCAGACAGCAGAUUGUCUGAGCUAUCAUUUUGCUUGAUUUUAAAAUUAUUUUUCAAAAUCAAGCCUUUUUAUUGUUUUCAGGAAGCUUUUUUUCAUUGCACAGCUUACAAAACAGCAGUUGGUUUAUUAUUAUCAAUAAACAAUCAGGAAGACUUCAGGAAGAUAAGAGUCUUGAAAAUACAGUGACCCUGAGGAUCUUCAUGUGCAGUCACUUUAUAGCCAUGAAGUGACUCAUACAUGCUGUGCUUCAGUUUGUACUGCAGACACUGCUUUACUGUAGCAACUGCAUUUUUUACUCUCUUACUUCAAAGUAAAUACAGAAAAAAAAAAUGGAUACAGUACAUCACAUUAACUUUGAAAUGGCAAGGCAGAAUGAAAAAAAUGUGCCUGUGUCUUCUAUGAAUUAAAUGGGAAAGUAAGUUGGGAUCUUGUAACUUAUUUUAAUAAAAUACAAUAUGAUAUGCACAUUGA